AUGUACCCCUCUCCUGAGGUUGAACAACAUAGUGGUAAGGAUGACAAUUCCUCCAGUUCUGAGAAGGACUUGGCUGCUGAAGGGUUGUGCUCUCUAGGGAAAACCGUGUCUGAAAAAGGAAAAUUUGUGGCAUCUAAAACUACCAAUGCUUCCCACUUUGAGAAGCAUGAUGAUGCAAAUGAUGUGAUUGAUCUAGAGGAUGGUAUCUCUGAUGAUCAAGAGGAAAGCUUACUUCAUCACCUAGAGCCAAGUGUGGCUAAACGCAUGAAGACUCGCAAAGGAAGCUAUGUGGCUGAACUUAUGUCAGCUAGAAAAGCUAAGAAGACUGCUGGUAUUGGUCCCUCCAAACCAUGGAGCAAGGUUGAAGUAAAGAAGAGAAACGUCAGAGAUGAUUCUGAGCCUGAAGAGGAUGUUGAGGAAGAUGUCCCUGACAUCUCUCUUGUGAAGAAAACCACUGUUAGGAAGUCUCCUGGUAAAGUCCAUGUUGUUCAUUUGGAUAACAUCUCCUUCCAUCUUGAGGAUGGAGCUGCGAAGUGGAAAUUUGUGAUUCAGAGAAGGGUAGCUGUGGAAAGGGAGUUGGGAAAAUAUGUUGUUGAUGUCAAGGAGGUCAUGGACCUGAUAAAAGCUGUUGGGUUGUUGAAGACUGCUGCUGGGUUCUCUCAAUGCUAUGAAGGUUUAGUGAAGGAAUUUAUUGUUAACAUUCCUGAGACAUUUCUGAUAAGAAUAGCAAGGAAUUCUACAAGGUGCAGAAAAAUUGAGGGUGCAGGUGAAUUAGAAGUUACAGACAAUGAGGUAUGUAGAGAGAUUACUGCUAGGCAGGUGAAAGGUUGGCCUCUUAAAAAGCACCUUCCUGUUGGGAAGUUGACUGUCAAAUAUUAG